AUGUUUUCUGUGUUUCAGCAAUUCCUCCUGACAGGGGCUCAGACCGAUGGUAAGUCAGAAUUGUUUAUUUUACUGAUUUGAUGAAUCGUUUUGUGUUGUUACUAUUGAUUCGUUCCGCAAAUGUAUACAUUCUUGGCCCUUCGAACAAGGCUUAAAAGCAUUCCUCUGCGCUUACUUAGAGCAUCUCGUUAACAUGUCUAGACUGAUAAUUCGCUUUUCACGAAUAGUUAUAGCUUUCCUCCGUUAUUUCACACUAGGUUAGACUAACCCUGCAAAUAUUCCAGCCACUAUAUAUAUUGCAGUUUCAUUUUGUCUUUUGUAGUAUUGGAAUUACUUAUGCAUGUACGUGGUUUUUGAUAGCACACAACAUGAUUAAAUCGUUAUUGUUUAAAAGCGCUUUAAACUUUUAUUAAGAUUUGCGACAAAUCGAUUGGCUCUUUUCUCAAAACAAAACCAUUGUUUUCUGUUUGACCCGUUUUGCUUUCAAAGUAAUCAGUUCUUUUAACUCAUGCUCUACGUGUGUUUUUCCAAUAAUUAUUUGGUUAUUUCACUUUAAAAACUACUCCAUGGAUAUGGAAUUUCCGGAUCAAUCCGCCUUUCGUGAUUGUGAGUACUGUGUACACUUUACUGGUGGCGGGAAUCAUUUAUAAUUCACGCGCUGAAGGAUUUAAAGUUUUCCAUUCACCACGAGUGAAAAUGUUGAAAGAAAAGCGUAGUUUAUAAUCAUUGAAAAUUUCCACAAAAAAAGCUUAUUCUGUAACUCAGAAACUAACGAAUGACUAAAUGUCUCUCAUCUUGAAAAAUGUGUGUUGUUUAGGGGGUUCUUCUCGUUCUGUUAUGGAUUUUUGCAUUGAAAAUGUGAGACCAUCCAAUAACCAUUUACGUUCAAAUGUAUUUGUGAUAUUUUAUCAACGAUAAAAAAAUCUCAUGUACGACGCGGUGAACUUUUGGAGCCAAUUAAAAUAACGAAGUUGCUCUGGUCAAAAGGAAUCCUUGUUUAUAAAAUUCUAGCAAAUCUUGGAUAAAUGUGAGGCAAAAAAUUUGGCUCUUAACCAAAUUUAUUUUGGUAGGAAGGGAGUGUCCCUACAAGAGAGCUUUCUUACCACCUGUCAAACUACUGCUAUUGUCUUGUGUCACAUGGAGUCAAUCAGUAGAAUGGAAUAAGCACUUGAACUUGUUUUUACUGUAUGUACUGGCUUCAAAAAUGUUGUUUCAUUCAUAAAUCUUAAACUGUAUAGAGUAUUUUAGUUUAAUUGUUGUUCAGUUCUAAUUUCAAAUUGUUGACAUUUUAACUUUAUUGCAUUAAAUUUGUUAUCAGUGUCCAUACUAUUGUACUGAUGUGUGCUAGAUAUUUGAAAUUCUUCUUAAGUUUUAGUCACAAUAUUUUUUUUGUGCCAGCCUGUUUUCCUGAUAUUUUGACCAUCCAAAUACUUCAAGUUACUUGACAUCCAUGUAAAUUCUGAUAAAUAAGGUCUUUGUUGUACAGGUGAUAACUUAAAGUUUCCUUCUCCCUGUUUAAAUAAACAGUGUUUGUCUUAUAUUCCUACCAUUUUGGAAAAUGCACUCCACAUGUCCAUGUAUUUUAUUAAGAGUUAUUGUCACAGUGAGAGUUCCAGUUUGGAAGAAUUGCAUUUGAUCUACUACUCCAAAUAUAUCUUUUAUCAACCCUGUCUUUUGAAAUCCUAAGGGGGAGCAGAUGGGAGGGGGAAGGGAUCUCUAGGAUAGAAUUUUAUAAAAGGGACAUUUUCAGAGGGGGCUGGGAUUGAAACCAGGUCAAAUGUCCUUUAAGGUGAGUGAUGAAUAUUUCAUCCAUGGAUAACAAAACAACUUUCUGUAUAUUUCAACUCAAUGUUGUGUUUAAUUUUUCCAGCUUUGUCUAAGGUGUUUAAGUUUGCUGAUGUUGAGGAGACUGGGUAUGUUGAUGUGGCAACAAUCUCAACUCUUGCAGUACAACUGCUGGGAGCUCAGCUCAGUGAAAAUGAGAAAGAAACAAUAAACAAUAAAGCAGAAAGCAAGGCUGAAAAAGGUGCAACAAAGCAUUUUAUGGUUUGAUUUUACUAGUUGAACAGCUCAUUGUGAUUACAGCUGCCUAAAUUAGAGAUGAGUUGGAGAAGUAGCAACCCUUAGGUUUUAACUAUCCAUUCUUACCAGACACCUCAGAUUAUUAAGGUAUCAAGUGCCAACCACAUGCAUCAAGAUCACAUUGAAAGUGAGAAACUAGCUAAAUUAUUGUACAUGACAAAGGAUACUCCAUCUUAUACAAUACAAUACAAUAUUUAUUUGCCAUAUACGACAUUUACACAUGGAAAAAAAAAAAUGAAGAAAAUUGAUGACAGAAAAUAAAUGGCGAGAAAACCUGAAAGAAACCACGAGGCUUAUAACAAGUCAGGCUUUCUCACUUAAAAUAGCUAAUCUUAUAUUAGAAUUACAAUAUGGACUUAUGGUAAUUAACUUUGACCGCGCACACGUACACACACACACACGCACACACAUAUUAACUAAGUUAGUUAAGAAUUACUGCCUUACAGAAGCUAAUACUUAGAGAGAAGAAAUUCCUUAAGCUUUCUUUUAAAAGAAGCGGAGGAUUUAUCUUGAUUUGAAAACAUCUUUUUAAUACACAGUCAUCCUUGUCAUUACUUCCUCCAUCGUGUUUUUUCAUUUUUGUCUUCAUUUUAAGAAGAAAAAACCUGAAUCAUAUUCAUUAACGGUUCCAGCUACAUGCAGAAUCAUAGUUUUAGCCAUGAUACUUGUCUGUUUAGAAGAAACAUCAUUGAACAAAGGAUCAAUUGUAACAAUCAUGACUGUUUUCCUGUUUGCUUUAGGGUUGCUUUCUUAUCAGAACUUUAUAGAGAUCAUGAUGGAGACAAUGCAAGCUAUGACACAUUGGGGAAAGUUGAAGACAGUUCUAGAAGGUUAUGUUGGAUUUGAUACAGUGCAGGAGCAAAUCCGCAAAAAAUCUCUCAAAAGAGGAUUUGAAUUUAACCUCAUGGUUGUUGGUAAGUUUUGUCUUUACCAUUUGCGGUUUGAUUUUUGAUACCUUUAAUUCUACUUUUCAUCAAGAGAAUUUAGUUCCAGUGUGACUGCUAUAAAUGAAUACAAAAUGUUUUACCAGGUCAAGUCAGUGUAUAAUACAUUUAGCAUUAGUUUGGUACAUGAAUAAAAAUUCCCGUCAUCUUUUCUUACUUGACAUAUAUAAGAAGUAUUUUUCUUCGAAAAAAUUACAAAAAUUAUUUCCUAAUUCAAAGUUAUGAAGAACAUAAAACCAUAAGACUCCUUUCUUGUGUUUUCCAGGUGCAACAGGCCUAGGUAAAUCAACCAUGGUGAACACUUUAUUUAAAGGAAGAUUGAGUAGGAUAUCUUCCACUGGAGCCACUCCCUGUAUUCCCAAGACUGUUGAAGUCAAAUCAGUUAGUCAUGGUGUGUUUGGUUUUGUUGCUAUCUUAUACUUAGCUUUGUUUUUUCUUUGUUAUUUUUUUCUUUUUGGGUGAGAUAUGGUACCUGGAAUGUUUAUGGCAGCAAUAACGUAAAUCCUUAUAAAUAUCAUUAUAAACUUAAAUUUUAUUUCUUAAUUUUCAGUUAUUGAGGAAAAAGGAGUCAGAUUGAAACUUACCAUCACAGACACACCUGGGUUUGGUGAUCAGAUCAAUAAUGAAAGUUGGUAAGGCUGUUGUACUGUUCAUUACCUAAAUAAGGUUUUGUACUUGCACAUCAUGUACUCUAACUCUUAUGGCAAAUCCUGCCGGUUGGUUGUAAGUAUUUGAGCAGCAUUUCAUGGCAUAUGUUCAAUUUAUUUAAUCUAUGAGAUUUUACUCAUAUUUACUCAAACUUGAAUCACUUGUAUUUAGUGGAGUGGGGAAUUCUUUAGACAAAAAUGAAGGUAAAAGAGGGAACAUUUGAAGGUCUGUUUGAUAAUGACAAUAGUUAUUUCAUGUGUUUUUGUAUAAUGUUGCAACAGCUGGGACCCAAUUCUGCAGUACAUAAAUGAACAGUACAACAAAUAUUUGAAAGAAGAAACUAGCAUCAACAGAAAGCCUCGAGUCCCUGACAGCAGAGUUCACUGCUGUCUGUACUUUAUUGCACCAACAGGUCACAGGUGGGUUCAUGUUAAGAACAGAAAAUAUAUCUAUUAAUUCUCUAACAAAUCAUCAAAAGUCUUUGUUGUAAGUUACUGGAAUACUGAAAAGUUAUGGACAGCUUUAUAUGUAAAAGUUUGACCAAGUACUGAAGUGUCUUACUUCCAAUUUGCUUUUUGUACAUUUAGGUAUGGAAUGUAUGUGAAGUUUCUUUUGCAAAUGUUAAUAAACACCUUUACAUGUACAUCUGCCAUAACAACUGUUUGCAAUGCACAUCAAGAAAAGCAUUCAAGGUGUUAAAAAUGAAGUGGCUGGCCUACUGAUAGUUGAUGUGCAUUUGUUCAUUCCAAUCAGUGACUUAUGACUUGAAAUUUUUACAGGUUGAGGCCUAUUGAUGUGGAAUUCAUGAAACGACUAGACAAGUGCGUUAAUAUUGUGCCAGUGAUUGCAAAGGCAGACACUCUAACUGUUGAAGAACGUGAAGCCUUCAGAAGGAGGGUACAGUCAAACUUAUGUGAAUUUUCAUGUAUUUCCUGGUUGAUUUAGUUUUCCAUUUUUGGGGAACUGGAACUAAAAUGAAAUUAUCACAUAUGUUCAUAUUGUAGUUACGGGAGGAUAUAGAAAAAAACCGCAUUAACAUCUAUCCCGUUCUUAAUCGACAUGAUCUGGAUGAAGAAGAAGCCCGGACAACGUCCAGAAUAAGGGUCAGUAAGUAAUGGAAUUUAUUUUCAUUGUUACUGUUACACAAUUAACUUAGUACAUUGUUAAGUUCUCCAGAAAUUGUAAUUAUCAUUAAAUGAGAUGCAGUGAAAUACAACAUAUGUUAUUUGUGGUGUGUUCAUAACUUAAUCACUACUUUUACAUACAUUAUUAGACGUGAUGCAGAUAAAAAAAUUUUGUUGAGUUCGUUUUUCGGCUUUUGAGCUACAAAGCCUGAAGGAAUAAAUACUAAUGUAGUUCACAUUGCCUGGCUGUGGUCUAUCUCAACGUUAGCUUGUUCGCUUUUCAAAACGUUCUGUUUGCGCUAUGUCUUUUUAGGAUCAGCUGCCUUUUGCUGUGAUUGGUAGCGAUCGUUACGUUACUGUGUCAGGAAAGCCAGUUCUUGGAAGGAAGACAAAAUGGGGUCUGAUCGAAAGUAAGGAGAAUUUGCAGACAUUCUGGCUAGUGUUAAAAAUGUUUCUGUUAUUGUUGUGCAUUUUCUAGAGGUAAUUUCUUUUAUUAUUUCCUUUCAGUUGAAAACAAAAACCAUUGUGAAUUUUCUCAGUUACGGGACAUGUUAAUCAAGUAAGUGAAAUUAGUGGACGAGCAUAAGCUUUUAGAAGAUAACCACCCGGGUCCAGUUUGUCACGGUCACGGAAAGAACGUGUGGGGACUACUCAGAGCAACCGAAAGCCAGGAUGGUGAAUAGCUUAAAAUAGAAGACGCUUUUAAUUUUGGAGAUUUGUAAUUCUGUAAAAGAUUCAACAAACUGAUAGGUUUUUUUGUUGUCUUUUUUUCCAUAGAACACACAUGCAAGAUUUAAAGGAGGUCACAGACAACAUUCAUUAUGAAAAUUAUCGCCGCACACAUCUGACAGAGGAGAAACAUGAGCAAAUAGUUUUAGAAAACAAUGUGGUGAACAUGGAUGACGUGAUGGGUCAGGAAAGCAAAAUUUAAAUAAAGCAUGAAGAAUAAGCAGAAUAAAUUUUUUACUAGAGAUUCUCGGUCUUAUCAGACUCAGUCAAGAAAGAUUCAAUACUAUGUAAGUU